AAACCUCUUCAGCAUGCGCGUCUUACUAAUAUUCCUGGUGGCAACUAUAACCACGGUUGCACCAGAAACAUGGUCUCUCGUACCAUCCUUCAAGGAGUUUUUCAAAGAACAAAGUGACAACGUGAAGACAUUCUACAACGAUGCUGUUACCAUGAAGGAUUCAGUCGAUAACUACGUCGAAGAACAGCAGCAGAUGAUCAAGAAUAAUAUUCAUAAUUAUGUGGACGACAUACAGACAGCAAGAACUCUGGUAGACCCAUUGUCUUACUAUCCUGUCGGUGACACUCAACCACAAAUCGAAAAUCCCGACGUCGUCCUGUCAGUGCCUGGAAUAAUCACGAGAAAUGGAUACAUUUGUGAGACCCACACCGUCAUCUCCCAAGGCUACGUGCUCAACGUUCACAGGAUCCCUCGCUCCAAACACGGCAGUGGGGUACCAUCGAAGACAGUUCUACUCCAACACGGCCUAUUUGCGAGCUCUGCCGACUGGAUCAUGAAUGGACCUGGAAAAGGACUGGGGUACGUCCUGGCAGACGCUGGCUACGACGUUUGGAUGACCAACAUAAGAGGAAACAGGUACUCCAAAGAUCACGUUUGGUUUAAACCUAAUUCACAAUCAUACUGGGAUUUCUCUUGGCAUGAAGUAGCUAAGUACGACGUUCCUGCGGUCAUUGAUUACAUUUUGGAGACUAAAGGCGCUGAUACUAAGAUGACGUACAUCGGACAUUCAAUGGGAACCACUAUACUCUUCGCGAUGUUAACGUUAAAACCUGAAUAUAACGAUAUCUUGACAGCUGGGUUUGCGCUGGCUCCCGUCGUGUACCUAUCAGAUAUGAAGUCACCACUGAAGUCAAUGGCACCGAUUGCAAGUAACUUAGCCUACAUAGACGAGUUGCAAGGAACUUAUGAGUUCAUUCCGAAGAAUUCUGCCCUAGGCAAGAUAUCAAGCACGUGUAACGGUGAGAACAUGGAUUCUCUGAUCUGCAAGAAUAUAGUGUUUUACUUGUGCGGUUUCAAUGAGAGGCAGUUUAAUAAGACUCUGCUACCAGUCUUCCUAGCACACUUGGGUACUGGGACAUCGUGGAAGACUGCUGUGCAUUUCUCGCAAGAAAUACUUUCUGGUAAAUUCCAACAGUUUGACUAUGGAUAUUUAAACAAUUGGAGAAUCUAUAGAUCUGGGUCCCCUCCUGAAUACGACCUUAAAAAAGUUACUCUUCCAAUCAAGUUGUUCUGGUCUAAGAAUGAUUUGCUGUCAAGUGAGAAGGAUGUGAUGGCUCUAUAUAAUAAAUUGCCUUCGAAUCCUGAAAUGUUCCUCGUACCUGACGAGAAAUUUAACCACUUGGACUAUCUCUGGGCUAUCGACGCUCCUAGAUUGCUGAACAAUGAGGUACUAAACUCUUUACAUUCAUACAUGAGCGAUUAUUCAUUUAGCGUCAGAUUUUGAAGUGAUUACCGGUUCCACUACUGAUAAGAUUUUCCCAAAAAGUCUUAAAUAAACGAAAAUCAACAAUAUGUGAGAAUAUUGGUUGGUAAAUGAUACUGGUUGGAUUUGACACGGUUGUAGAAAAUAGAUAUGACUUCAAGACGAAUGUUUUAAAGUAAGGGAAAGUCUUUUAAUCGUCGUCUGCAUACAUACAUAGCCUCGUGUGAUUAUGAUAGCUUGAGAGCUCUCAGCUCAUACUCCUUGCUGCACAUGGUCUAAAGAUCCACAAAGGACGACAAACCUAGACAGUGGCCUAGGUAAGGACGAAAGGUCUUCAAGCGAGGUUAUCCACACUCAAGGGUAUAAACAGGAAGAUCGAAGCACACAGCUUCCGGUUGUGCAUUUAAUACUAAGUAUUCAAUGUCUGUGAUAAUUUUAGAUUAGUUUACGAAUGUUUACAAGUCCUCGGAGGUCGCCUUGAACUGAUUUCUAUGGAUAAGAGGUCAGGUCUAGUGUUAUAAGAUAAUAUUGAGGAAGUUGUGUAAUGUAUUAGUGUUGCUAAUUAAUAAAUAAAUAUUUAUAAUUAUUGUA